GGGUUGGAAGGGCCUGUGAGACAGAAAGACAUGAGUUCAUCUGGCAAUCACGAUACUGCAACAGUUUCCGUUCACCUGGUGGACGAGGAAAAGCGUUUUGCGAAGGGAUUGGACAAAUACGUGGAAAAGUGCUACGUCGGCGAUGACCACGGCGAGGACGAUGGCUUGAACUACCACAUUGUAUCUGUGUUUGGCUCGCAGUCGACCGGUAAGUCGACGCUCUUGAACCGGCUUUUUGGGACGCAGUUUGACGUGAUGGAUGAAGAGAAGAGACAACAGACGACGAAAGGAAUCUGGUUCUCGCACGCCAACUACGUGGCGUCUGCGGCGGAGGAGCAGGAGGCCGGGAGAAGACGCAACAGCAACAACAUCUACGUUCUCGACGUGGAAGGAGUGGAUGGCAGAGAGCGGGCAGAUGACAAGGACUUUGAGCGGAAGUCGGCGUUGUUUGCAUUGGCCACGUCUGAGGUGCUCAUUGUGAACAUCUUCGAGCACCAGGUCGGGUUGUACCAGGGCGCCAACAUGGAGUUGUUGAAGACUGUAAUGGAAGUGAACCUCUCUUUGUUCCACGAGCAGAGCGAGAAGUGUCUACUUUUGUUUGUCAUUAGGGACUUCACGGGCCUCACGCCAAUCUCGAACUUGGGCGAGUCCUUGGAGGCCGACAUGAAGAGGAUCUGGGUCGACUUGAACAAGCCCGACCAGUGUGCCGACUCGCAGCUCAGCGACUUCUUCGACCUCAAGUUUUUUGCCAUUUCCCACAAACACUACCAGCCGGACAAGUUUGAGUACAACAUCAGACAGUUGGGCGACGACUUCACCAACGAUAGGCUCUUUAGCCACAACGCAUACCACAAGAGGAUCCCCAUCGACGCAUGGGCCCUGUACUCGGAAAAAGUGUGGGACCAGAUCGAAAACAACAAGGACUUGGACUUACCUACACAGCAGAUCCUAGUGUCCAAAUUCAAGUGUAACGAAAUUCUGAACAGCGUCUAUGACGAUUUGUUCUUGCAAGAGUACUCCGCCGUGCAGGAGCCAGAGUUGGACCCUGCGGCAUCGUGUGCCCAGUUCAAGGAAUUAAGACACAAGUGUCUUUCCCGUUACGAUUCUCAAGCCUCUCGAUACAAAGGUGCGGUGUACUCUGACGUGCGCAGAGACCUCAAGGCCAAGAUAGACCUCAAGUUGAAAGGUUUCCAGUCGACUAUCUUGUCAAACUUAUCCAAGUCUCUAAUUUCUAAAUUAGAUACAGGUUUCGCAAGCUUGAAGAAAACAAACUCCAAAAAAUCUUUCAAUUACUCUCUAGCAGGAGAAGAAGAGAAGGGAGCAGAAUACGGUGCGGACACCUCUGUAUUUGUUGAGAACUACGCCGUCGAGCUAGAGAAGCUGGAAAAGGCAUUGCAAGAGCUUUCUCAUACUUUGAGGACAAAGGAAUCACACAUACUGAUCGGUAAGAUAACGAAGAAGUUCCAAACAAAAUUCAAGGACUGUAUAAUCGAAGAACUUUCUGAACCAACUCCUGAGUCUUGGGAUCACAUCUUUAGCAAAUUCAACGAGCUAAUGGAGAAAAUAUUCAAGCCAUAUAGAAGUGGAGAUUCGUUUGAUUUCAAGAUAGGUCUUUCACAGGAUGAAAAUAGCACCGUUCAUAUGAAAGUUCUUAGAAACAUCUGGAACAAGUUUGACUCCAUCGUGCAUGACUAUAUAAAUGACGACUCUGCCUCGAGAAUUUUGAGAAACCUCUUUGAAGACUCGUUCAAGUUUGAUUCUAAUGGCUUACCACUCAUAUGGAAAACUUUCAGCCAGCUGGACUCCCAGUUCAAUAAAUCCAGAGAUCAUGCGUUGUCAUUGUUUCCUGUUUUAUGUACCAUAAAGGGUCCAGAAGGUUCUACCAUUCAAAAGCCUAAGUUUGACAUCGAGAAUGAACCAAACGAGGGGAUCGACUCAGACGACGCUGGGGGUGAAAAUUCAAGUGACGAAGAUGACUCAGAGAAUUUUGAAAAGUCGGACAGAAACUCAAGAUUCUUGACUUUAUUAACACCAAAGCAGCAGGCUAAGGUUAAAGCCAGAUUUAAGAAGGAAACGGAUGCCAUUUAUCUCGAUGCGAAGAGGUCUAUGGUUGCGAACAAAACAUCCAUUCCGACGUUCAUGUACGUCCUUUUGAUUUUACUAGGUUGGAACGAGUUCAUGGCUGUCAUCAGAAAUCCAGUAUUAUUCAUUCUUGCAAUUUUUGUCAUCACAGGGUUGUACUUUGCAUAUAACCUGCAGAUGUUAGGCCCUAUGCUGACAGUGACAAAUGCCAUGGUGCAGCAAUCCAAAGCUGUCAUCAAGGAGAAACUCAGAGAUGUUUUGCUGGACGAUAAUCAGAAAGCGCCUCUUCCUACAGAACUCGAAAAGGAGGAAGUUCAUAUCGAAGAGGUUUACGAACUGCAUGAUCUAUAA